AAUAAGCGGUUGGAGUUGCUGACAUAAAUUGUUAUUUCGCUUUGUUGGAGCAUUUGCACACGCUUUUCUACUCGUAUUUUCGUUAUUUUCUAUCUUUUAAUACUGGCUUUUAUUACGAUUUGCGGUUACUCAGUCAGAUUUAAGCUGCCGUCGGACGAAUAACGAACUAAUGAAGUUGGUAUUGUGCACGUAUUGUUGUGUAUUGGGCGUGCGGAUGGCGAUCACUUUGGUUUGACGCAAGAUAAAUGCAAUAUAUUACCUAUAAUUAUUUCAAAAUGGCAAAAAUGAAAGUAAAACAGUUCAUAUUCGAUUUUGUGCUUAACUACGGAAUUCGCUUACAGUGACUAUAAUUUCGAAAAGCAAUCGCUACAGAUGUUAAAAUAUUGCCACAUAGUAUACAAACUGCCCCAAAUAAAACAAAAAAAAGUAUUUUUGCUUAAAAUGACAUGUGAUACAACAACUGCGAUAGCUGAGAAAAAAGAGAAAGUAUUUGUAUUCUGACACUACAUAUGUGCGCUUAGUAGAUCAUGAAUGAUAAAGAGCGAUCGUACACACAUACAUAUGUACCUACAAAUCUACUAAACUAUUUACCAUAUUAAUAAUAAGAACAACGAUUUCACUUUACGCUUUGCUGACCGCAUGUGCUUGCCAGUGGUGUUCUUGUCGUUGUCGUCAAAAUGACUGACUCUGAGCCAGUGAGUCUGGAAUUCAUUGAAGAUCCAUAUUUGCCCAAAUUGGAUAAUAUAACUCCAUCGCUAGAUGAGCCUACCGAAUUGGAUGAUCAUUAUGCCGAUUUGGCCAACGAUUGGACCAACGAGACUGAACAGUAUUUAAGAAAUUUAACAUUAGAUCAAAUUUUCUACGAUGUAGAUUCGGAUUAUACGAACACGCUUGAGCUUCAGGCUGUGGAGACAGAAUUUAUAGCAACAAAAUUAGCCAAGCAAUUGCCUUCAUCUUCGAUAGCAAAACGUUUUCGAUUGCGUUUCUUUACAAAACGCUCAAUGCGUGAGGUUAAAGUAACGUUUAUUGAUUUCUCCAAGCCUUAUUUGGCCAAGAUAUCGAGUAGUGAGAAUUACAAGAAGUUCUUAAAUAUUGGCACUCCAUCAGCUACCACAACAACAACAACAAUGACUAAAACAAACAACACCAAAGAUACUACUUCAAAGCUGUCGGAGCCAGCAUCUCCAGUUGCAUCUGUUGCAUCCGCAGAUAUAGCUGCCGAGUUUGCUGCACUUAGCGUUGAGGAGCAGGAGAGGCAACACGCCGAAUGGAGCCAAGAGCUUGCACGCGUUGAAGAGGAAAUAAAUACAUUGCGUACGGUGUUGGCAUCGAAAACGCGACAUGCUUCAGAUUUGAAGCGCAAAUUGGGCAUUACCAUGUGGAAGGAGAUUACAGACGAUAUGAAUCAAGGCCUGAAGAAUGUCAAAGAGAGCUCAGUUUUUCAAAGCGUCGAACAGAGCGUUGGUAAUCUGACAAAGGCCGUACAUGAUGCCCCAAUUUUCCAACGCACCGAAUCGGUGCUCAAGUCGACAACGGAAAAGACCGCGUCGGUUUUUGGUAGCAUAACCAGCGGCAUUACAUCUAAAUUUUCACAAAUGAAAAAUUCCGAAUCGAUGCGUUCGAUCGAAGAGAAGGUUGGCUCAGCCUAUGAGAAUGUUAAAGUAAGCUAUGAACACAACAAUUUUUUGUGUCAACCCCAUGCGACACGAGUGUCCACUUCACGUUCGGGUUCGAUUAACAGUUUCCCUGAUGCCUUAAAUGAAAACAAUUCAUCGUCCGGCCUGAAUUCGCCAACCGAUUCUGUUACAAAAUAAACGCGAAACAUUGCAACUCCUCUAUUUAGUUUUAAUAUUACAAACCCAUUUGCCGUAAUUGCAACUUUGUAUCUUGUACUUGUAUUCAUACUAUAUUGUAAUUGUAAUUGCAGUCGAACAGUUUUCGCAACAAUUGCAAUACAACUACAGCACACACAUGAAGAAACAAAAACGAAACAGCUGAUCCACUGUCCUCAUGCAGCCAUGAGUGAAAGUUUUGGAAUUUUCUAUAAAUGUACGUAGUAUUUUUAUUUUUGCAAUUUACCAGCAAAGAAAAAGCAAAAAAAAAAUAAAAUAAAAAACCCAACAAAAACAAAAGCAUAGCAAGAAAAUAACAACAAUUUGUAUACACACUUACUUUAACCCUGUAACUUAGAUACAUACCUAUAUUUAUAUGGAAUUUUUCAAACUACUUAAAUGCUAAAGCGAUGCAAAGAAAUUAGACGAAAACCUUAAACAAAAAAAUAAUUAGUUUUGGAGCUCUUUUUGCGGAAAGUAUUGCAAAUUUCAAAUUGUCACUUUCAUAAAACUUUUCGGAUCUGUGGUUUAAGGGCCCAACAAAAAUGUGAAGCAACUGUUGAUAUUUUAAGCUGAACCCCAAUCAAAAAAACAAAAAAAGUUUAACGCAUGUGUUUUUCAUCUUUACAAGUAUUUUUAAUCAACUAACUAAGCAAUAAAUACUAUUUUCCCAUCAUAUUUAAUUUGGUUAAAAAAUACGAUGAAAUGUUAAAAUAGCUUAUGAAUUAAUUUAUGUAUGUACGUUAGAAAUUUUUUCUUCAUUUUCAAUUAUUGUAUUUUGCUUUUUGUUUUAGGCUUUAACCCGUGUAAUCCAAUGGCGUUUAUAAUGUUUCUGUUUCUGUUUCUGUUUAGCACUUAAUGCAUACAUAAAUAUUUGAAAUCACUACUUCGCAUUUGUUUUGAAAAAUGUUGCGUUAAUUAAUAAAAAAAAACUACAUAAGCGUGAAUUGUGCUUAAAAAGUUGAAUAAUAAGCCGAGUUGUGUGCAGCAGCAUUUUUGAAAUUUAUUUCCAUAAAACUAUUGAUCUAAAUAUAUUCCACUUUAAUCAUACAAUAAUAUUGUUAAGUGUAUUUUUGCUAAAUAAAUAAAUAAAUAAAUAAAAAACAAUUGAGUGUACAUGUA